GGCUGAAUCACAAAGCGGGCCCAGCUGUAAUUUUUCCCCGCCCAAAAAGUAUAAGAAAAAUGUGGGUACACGUUGGUCUGCAGACGAUAUUUCUGACACAGAUACAGGGACACGUUCUAAUUCUGAACUUGCUGCACCAUGAAGUUCCUUAUCGUUGUGAUUGUGUUGGCCGUUCUGGCUAAUGCAGAGGCCGCUCCGAGGUUCAAGCCUAAGAUGGCUCCCCAGCCUCGCAUCUCCUGCGAUCUUCUGAGCAUCUCCAUCGGAGGGACCAACUUCGGUGAUCAAAACUCCGCAUGCACAGCUCACUGCCUCGUUCUGGGCUACUCCGGCGGACACUGCAACAGCCAUGAUGAUAACGUGUGUGCUUGUCACUAGAAGAUGAGUCAACAAAGUAACAUCGGCAUGAAGACCACCUGGUGAUGAUUGCACUAUCAGCAAACAACGGAAAAUGAAAUUCCGAUUGAAAUAGAUGUUACUACAUAUUGAUCUGCAAACUGGCCAAGUGACAUUAUUUGGAGGACACGUGCUUUGAGAAUACUCGUCAUCAAGGACGUUAGUGCCUUUGUGCACGUACCACGUUUGGGUAGCGCGAACGUAUUUUGUGCUACUUUGAGAGUCAUUGGGUAGGGUUAGGUUAGGGUUCGGUUUGGUUUAGGGUUAGGUGAGGGUUAGGAUAUAGGGAUAGC